CCUGUCUACACCAUGUCAAGAUAUAAUUAUUCGCCAACUCCAAAACCAAAUAAAACCGGAUUACACAGAGGGCACACACAUCACCAGAUUUGUACACCACUCGAAAAAAGAUAGCCAAACCCUUUCCAUAUUUGCUCUAUUCCACUGCCAAGUUCUAGCAACUACUUGUAUUUUCUGCAGCUACCCUCUCCCUGGCUUCACUCUUCCUCACAGCUCCCCUCUUCGCGUCUUCCUCUACCCUUUCAAGUUCGUUUGCGGCUCACAGAUUACCAACCAGCUGAAGGAAAGAAAUUUUGAUUCCAAUGUUGGGGAGUUCUUCAUCUUCAUCUUCUGCUGCUGCUAUUGUUAUGACUCCUCCAAAGUAUGAUGUGUUCUUGAGCUUUAGAGGAGAAGACACACGUGACAACUUCACUAGUCAUCUUUAUGAUGGUCUUUGUAGGAAAAGGAUCCAAACAUUUAUAGAUUACAGGCUAGACAAAGGCGAUGCAAUCUCACCUGAACUGUGCAAAGCUAUGGAAGAAUCAAUGAUUUACAUCAUCAUUUUCUCCCAACACUACGCUUCUUCCUCGUGGUGUUUGGAUGAACUCGACAAGAUUCUGAAAUGCAAGAAGAGAUAUGGAAGGAAUGUGAUACCGGUUUUCUACAAGGUGGAUCCAUCAAAUGUUAGGCAUCAGGAAGGGUGUUAUAAAGAUGCAUUUGUUAAGCAUGAAAAGCGAUUUCGGGACGAAGUAAUACAGACGUGGAAGGAUGCUCUAACCGAAGCAGCUGCAAUCUCUGGCUGGGAUUCAAACACCACUAGACCAGAAUCCAUGCUUGUUGAUGGUAUUGUGGAAGAUAUUUUAAGAAAAUUGGAUCGUUCUUUUUCAAGUGACGAUCAUAGAAUGGUUGGAAUUGACAAGCACAUUGCACAAAUCCAGUCCUUGUUGCAGCUUGAGCCAGAAGCUGUUCGGAUCAUAGGAAUUUGGGGCAUGGGAGGAAUAGGUAAAACUACACUGGCUCGGACACUACAUCACAAACUGGCGACCCAAUUCAGUUCCAGGAGUUGUGUUGUAAAUGCUCAGCAAGAAAUAGAAAAAGAUGGAAUUGACUGUCUACAUAAAAAAUAUUUAUCAGAACUUCUAGAGGAAGAUAUCUCGUCAAAUGGAUUGCAUUUUGCUAUUGAAAGGGUCAAACGGGCAAAGGUUCUCCUUAUUCUUGAUGGGGUGAAAACUUCGAGUCAAAUUCAAGAGUUAAUUGGAGGGCAUGGAAACUUCGGCCAGGGAAGUAGAAUCAUUGUGACUAGCAGAGACAUGCAGGUGCUUAGGAAUGCUGAAGCUGAUGAUAUACAUGAAGUCAAGGAGAUGAAUCCCCAAGAUUCUCUGCAGCUCUUCAGUUUAUAUGCCUUUAAACAAAUCUGCCCCAUGGAAGGUUAUGCUGACUUAGUAGAAAAGGUAUUGGAAUAUGCUAAAGGGGUUCCAUUAGCUCUCAAAGUUUUAGGCUCACUGCUUUAUGGUAGAACAAGGAAAGCAUGGGAAAGUGAGCUGCAAAAGCUGGAAAAGCUUCCUGAGAUUGAGAUUUUCAAUGUGUUGAAAUUAAGCUAUGAUGGGCUGGAUGGUGAACAGAAGGACAUAUUUCUUGACAUAGCUUGCUUAUAUGUAGGCGAUUUUGUGAAUGAUGUAGUGGAUAUGCUAAAUGGUUGUGGUUUCUCUGCUGACAUUGGAAUGCAUGUUCUGAAAGAUAAGAGCCUUAUAUCUACUUUAAGAGAUCGCAUCGUGGUGCAUGAUCUAAUAGUGGAAAUGGGAAAACAAAUUGUUCGUCAAGAAUGUGUCAAUCAUCCUGGAAAACGCAGUCGUCUAUGGGACCAUGAAGAAAUUUAUGAUGUUUUAAGAAACAACCAGGGGACGGAUGCAGUCCAAUGUAUAUUCCUCGCCAUGUGGAGGAUAAAAAAACUUGAAGUUCAUCCAAAAAGUUUCAAAAGCAUGCCUAAUCUGAGAAUGCUUUGUUUCCAUAACUAUUUUCCGGGAAGACGUCAAACAAAUGUGAUCCUUCCUGCAUGUGUUGAAAGUCUUUCGAAUAGUUUAAAACUUCUUGAUUGGGAUGAAUUUCCUCAAAGAUCUUUGCCGUUGGACUUUUGUCCAAAAAAUCUUGUUGAACUUUUGAUGCAAUAUAGCGAUCUUGAACAACUUUGGGAGGAUGAUCAGGAAUUACCGAAUUUGAAAAGGCUCGAUCUUCGUGCUUCUUUGAACUUGAUUCGAAUACCAGACCUUUCUAAGUUCCCAAAUAUUGAAGAAAUUAUUCUUAGUGGUUGUGAAAGUUUGAUUCAAGUUUACUCCUCGAGUUUCCUCUGCAAGCUCAAAUUAUUAUAUUUAAAUGGUUGUCUUGAGCUUACGAGUUUAGAUCUUUCUAGUAAUGCUCUAUCAAGAACUUCUGGAUUAGUGGGGCUCUACAAUUGUUGUAAACUGGAAACGUUUUCAAUCAAUAGAACUGAGGUGGUUCAAUCACGUGGUUGUUCCCAAAUUUACGAUGAUGUGAAAUUUCGCUGGACUUACCUAGAAGGCACCUCUGGCUAUCAAGACAUGAAUGGAAGAGAUCUGGGUGAAAAAUCUUGUAUAGAGAUUGAAGAUUUGAGAGAAAAUUUGCCUUCACAGCUUUCCCAGGAGCUUUGUUGGUUAGAUCUCGGUAAAUGUAAGUUAUUUACAAGCCUUCCAAUUGACCUUUGUAAGUUGAAAUUGCUAAGAAGACUUUAUCUAAGUGGCUGCUCUAAUUUGAACAAAAUCCCUGAAAUCGAGGAGACACUAGAAAAUUUAGCCGUGCUUGUCUUAGACGAAACAGCAAUACAAGAACUACCUUCAUCCUUACACCGUUUGGUGGGGCUUGAAGAGCUGAGCUUGCGUAGUUGCCGAAGGCUUGAAAUUAUUCCCUCCUCGAUUGGAAGACUCACCAAACUCUGUAAGUUAGACCUUGCCUAUUGUGAAUCACUUGAAACUUUUCCACGCAGCAUUUACAAAUUGAAGUUGACAAAACUUAAUUUGUUUGGUUGCUCAAAGCUAAAGAACUUCCCAGAGAUCUUGAAUCCUGCAGAAAGUUUUGCUCACAUUGACUUAUCAUGGACAGUAGUUAAAGAACUGCCUUCAUCAUUGGACUGUUUGGUGGGUCUUCAAACCUUGUGUCUGAACUGGUGCUGUGGUCUGGAGUCACUUCCAAACAGUAUUGGUAAUCUAAGCCUUCUCUCUGUGCUUGACUGUUCAGCCUGUCGUAAAUUAACAGAAAUCCCAAAUGACAUAGGCCGCUUGUCAUCAUUAAGGGAACUGUCAUUGCGAGGUACCGGAAUCGUGUACCUUCCAGAGAAUUUGGCUCAUCUUUUAUGCUUGGAAUCUCUUGAUGUAAGUGACACCAGAAUCGUGAGCCUUCCAGAGAGUAUUGCUCAUCUUACAAGUUUGAAAUCACUUAAUGUAAGUGAAUGCAGACAGCUUGAUUGUAUCCCACAGCUUCCACCAUUUCUGAAUCAGUUAUUGGCAUUAAAGUGCCCAUCGAUUAGAAGAAUGAUCGGUGAGGAUGCGUAUAGGUUUGAGUUCUUUUGCUUUCCAGGGAGUGCAGUUCCUAAUUGGUUCCCCUAUCGUUGCGAGGGAAAUUCAAUUACUGUGGGUAAAGAUUCUCUAGAUUGGUGCAAUGAUGAUAGGCUCAUUGGUUUUUCUAUGUGUGUCGUUUUGCGGUUUGAAAAGAAAAACUAUACAAAAGAUAGUAUUCGUGAUUUUAGAUGCAGAUUAACAUUUGAGUCUGAUGGCCAAAUAUACAUCAUUCCCAACAAUAAUAAGUUAAACGACUAUUUCAGUUUUUGUUGUUAUAGAAUGGGACAUGUCGAGCACACAUUCCUAUGGAAACAUUACUUAAUGGUCUCUGCAAGCAUCGACAGAGGGACCUUUCAUGCUGACAACUUCACUUUUGACUUCGAGGGCAAGAAUCAGCAGAGUUUUAAAUUAUAUCCUGAGGUGAAAGAGUGCGGUAUAUGCCCUCUUUAUUCCAAAGAAAAAGAUGACUUUGAAGAACGUUGUGAGAAGAGGCAGUGUCUAAGGUGAAACAUGAUGUCAUAAGUUUUAGCUGUGAACCACAACCAUAUGCAGUUAAACCCAGAAAUGUUUUUGCUUUGUCAACCUGGAACAACUAAUGAUAAGAUGUUAUUUGUUAUUGAUCUUGGUUUUGGGUAUGCUGUAAUUCCAAACCAGGCAUUUCAAAUUCAUUUGGAUUUGAUGGACACGCCACAACUCUGGUCUGUCCUGAUUACCAAGCUUGUCUUGUCUGCAUUUCAAGUUGAGCAUCAGUCAUUACAGAGCCAGCUCAUAUUUAAUUCAUUUUGAAUUAUGAAAGUGGAACGAAUUUUAAAGUAUCAGAAGAAAUACUCUUAAGCUUUCUUCCUUAAGAUGUUUCUUAUCAAUUGGAGGCACCCACUUGAUAAGUGGGAAAAUAUUGCCUCUUGUUAUCCACUCACAACUUCUGUUCUUUGUUAGCAGUUUGUGAGGAUGUAUGCAAGGAAGAAAAUCCACAAGGAUAAGGAUGCUGAGGCUACUGAGUUUGAAGAGUCAGUUGGGCAGGUGUUGUUUUGAAUGUUGCUGUGGAUGCAGUUGCUGAUACAGACAUUGUUUCAUUUGGAGUAUACCUAUCAGGAGCUUAAAAGAGAUUUCAAGAUCUAUGCAUAAAUUCAGCAGUAUAAAUUGACGUUUCCGGGAACUGCAAAGCUGUUGUUAUCCAUGUUCCUUACAGAUUGAGGAAAGCUUUCCGGAAGAUCCAUGUUAGGCUUGUGAGGAUGCUUGAGAAGAAGUUUAGUGGAAAGGUAAGUUCAUUCUAAUUUAUUUCUAUCAUGUACAUCCGAAGGUAAUUUUUCUUUCAUUGACAUUGUUUUUUCUUAGUUUGAAUACAUUUGAUGAUAUUUGUGUUCCUGCCCCUUGCAUUGGCCAUUUUGAUGUAGUUAUUUCCCGAGAGGAUGUAUUCUAUAAUUUAAGCAAUCUUUUAUCUUGCUUGUGUGGUUGAAUUUCUGUUACAUUCACUGGAAAGUACUUUUUUCUGCAAUCCUUUGUGAGGCAUGACUUAUGUUAUAACUUUUAAGUGAUUUUAACCAUUGCUAAUGGAAAUUAAACACACUAUAGACCAUGAGGAAGUGUUUUGGUAUGACCUCCUGGUAGUAGAGUUAUAUCCACAAAUCACAAUAAAUGAUUGCAUGAAAUUGAGUUUAGAGUGUAAUUUAUUUAUUGCAUUGCAUGUUGGCAUGAUAAUAUCUGUUAUUCUUCUGUCUUGAGAAAUUUCAGUGUGACUUAUCCCUAUUAGCUUGUACGAAGUAUUAAGCCCUCAUUAAGAAUUCUUGUUGAGUAAUCUCAUCUUUAUUAAUCUUUACUUUUGAGUAGCUUCAUUUCAUUACUGUGCAGUUUAAAUCAUAUUUAACUUCUAGGAUGUAAUUUUCAUUGCCACCGGGAGGAUAUUGAGGCCACCAAAGAAGGGUUCUACUGUUCAUGAAGCAAUGCUGGAGGAUGUAUUAUUGCCUGCGGAGAUUGUUGGGAAGCGGAGGAGGUAUCGAGUUGAUGGAUCCAAGAUUGUUCUGUACUAGGGCAAGCUUACGUAGGAGAAAGACAAAAAGUAAACCCUAGCAGAGCACUAAAAUAGCAAAACUACCAUAAAAGGAAUAUUCUCAUUAAUGCUGAAAAAUUGGUUUCGUACAAGUGGAUGACCUCCCCUUUUAUAGAGGGGGUGGUCAUGAUAUGGACCUUUCCUAUAUUUGGGCCUGACAAUCAGGGCCCAAAUCCCUGUACAUAUAAGACAAAUCCAAAGGAAUCUUCCAGCUGGCUUGUGGGUCCAUCAUCUAAGGGAGGGCAAUGAAGCUCGUUGUGUCGCACUUCCCGCCAUGGCUAUCUUCAAUGGUUUAUUGUUCAUUUUGGGCGGGACAUAAUCUUCUUUAUGUCCCGCCCAGUCCAAAGAUUAUGAAGGUAGAGGUAUUGUUUCCCAUCAACAUACAAAGUUAACAUGUUGUUUAAUCAACCAUCAGAAGAAGUUUCUUUUAUAGGAUAAUACGUCUCUUUACCAUGUCAAUGAAUGUGCAUGUAUAUAUUGGAAAAUGAAUUCCCAUGGUUAAUCAUGUGUCUGAAAGUUGUGAUUUUCCUGUAAAGUUUGCAACUUAAUUUACCUUUGUAAAUUGUACCAGUUUUUAUUCAUUUCUUGUAAAUUUUAUCUUUAUCAUUCUCUGGACAGUUUUUCUUGGAGACUUUUGCAGCAUUGUAUUGGAAGCUAUCUGGCAAAGACACAGAGGCUUAGUUUCAAUUCCUUUGUCAGCUUUCAAUCUAUAAUCUAUAAUCUAUAAUUAUAUAGGAAUUGUGAAGCGCGCAAUAUAGCGCUGCCACAUCAUCAUUUAUACUUCCAACAACACUGUCCAGCUCAGCAAUUUUACAUACGUGUCACUUUCAAUUCUUCUCAAGGAUUCAACAUGUAGCAAAUAGAAGAGCAUCGGCAUUCUAAACCACUAAACGUUCUCUUCUCUGUGGAAACCAAACAGGUUCACCUUCUCUAUUUUCUCAGUAAUGCAUCUUUCAUCUUUCACAUUCUAUCUGACCUCCCCAUCUCUAACGGGAUCCACCACCAUUUCACAUUAACAAGCCUCCAAUUUGGCUCCAGAAAUUCCGAGGUUCCCUUCCAUUCGAUUUUAGGGAUCAUUUUCUUCUCUCAAGUUCCUAUUCCCUAACCCUAAUCAACCACCUUAUUUACAUUUUAGACUUUGGAGAAUGCGGAAAUUGUGGGUUUGGUCAUCACAGAGCAAUAUGUUGAGAAGGUUUAUACUCAGAUAGAUCAAAAUAGAGGAGUAAGAGUAGGAGAAGCUUCAGAAGUUACAACAAGAGUAUGUUUUUGAGGCGCCAUGGAAAUCGAGCCAGUCAUCACCUCUAUCUCUCUCUGAUCAGUAUGCAGGAUAUAGUGAAGGAGGCUCAAUAGGUGAUUCUUAAAUUCUGAAUGUCAAAGGAUUUGUUUUACUAUAUCUCAGCAUUCAACUGUUCCUCAAGGAGUUUUGCCGAAAGAUUUUUAAUUUGGUGCACCAAAGAAGGAAGUGAUGGUCUUUGCUUUGAUUGAGAGACUGGUCUUGCAGAGUUGGUUAGGGACAUCAAAAUCCUUUUUCACAUUGUCAAGGAGUUUUUCCCUUAUAUAAAUUUUCUUAAUCAAUGAUCAAUUGUCUCUAGCAGUCUCAUAUUGAACUGUAAUAUCUUCCUCUGUUGAUGAUAUUCCCUGUAAACUGUAAUAGAAGAUAAUUCUUGCUCAUAGUGGAGGAAUUGAGUAUGUAUAAUUUGUUUGCAAAUUAGUUCUAAAUUUAGCAUAACUAAAUAGUUUUACAGAACCUUUUAACACUAUUUGCAUUUGGAUUAUUUUUUAAGGAGAUAGUUUUAAUGGUGUUUGAAGUGAA